AGACGCUGAUAAAAAAUGGCUGCUCAUUAUCGACUCGUUUGGUUUGUAAUAAAACGAAAAUAUUUCAGAAAAGAGCAAUUAACAAUAAAAAAUUACUUUGUCGGUGAAGAUGGAGUUAUAUAUUUAAAAAAAUUAAAUUAAAAACACUUUUAACUUACAAACACAUUAUAGGAAAAUAAUUUAUUGAGAUAUUUAACUACGUCUAUGGAUGAACGUUUCACAGAGAUAAAGAAGAUCUGCAGCACUGAGUGACAGCCAAAAAAGUUAAUUUGCCAUUUUAAGAGCAACUUAAAAGACCGAAAAGGUUUGUUGUACGAUGAACGGACCUUUAAGAAUGUAUAAUUUACCACAAAUUAUACAAGACGAUUUUCCCGUCCAACUUCCAAAAUGUAUGUAUACGUUAAAAAAUGUUCACAGCCCAAGAGAUCAGGCUGAUGGCUUGGUAGAUCACGUUUCUUCGUUGGACAAUAAACUGGAUAUUUCCGACAAGGUUAAGCAGUUUUUAAAGAAAAUCCAAGUAAAUGCAGAAAUGGCUGAUUUGGAAUCUAGGCAAAACAACAUUCUCCAUCAACUUGCAGAACUCAAGAAAGAAAUUGAAUCGCUCACUAGCAAUGUAAGAAAUCAACAAAACGCACCAAGAGCUAAUAAUUCAUUUGUACCACAAGAAGAACCAAUUGUGAUUAGCAAUUUUCCUCAGAGUGUAGUGAUUUAUGCAAAUCCUAUGUCUCCACCUUUCUCUUUGGUAUCUAUCCAGAGACUUCUGCAAGAUAACUUACCUUUGGCUGUCACUUCUUACUUGCAUUCCUCAGUAGGAGUUCUGCCACAAGAGGCAAGGUUGCUGGCCGAUACUUUAACCAGCUUUAAACCCAAGCUUGGUGUACCUGUGAUUGAUGUUCGACUUAUUUGGAAAGAAAUUAACUCCAAUGCAUCAAUCAUAAUCGCACAUAAUCCAAUCCUGGGCGAAGUAAACAUCUUGAGGUUCCUAUCGAGAUUAUCAAACUCAAAACUAAAUUACGACUGCGAUCCGAACUCCUACGAAAUCGACUCAUUACUUGAUGAAUGUUACUUAUUACUGGAACUUAAAAGGAAAACUGACAGAAGUAGUGUCCUUCAAUCUUUUAAGAAGUCGUUGGGCAAGGCGCAAUGGUUAGCAGGGAGGAGUGAGCUUAGUGUUGCAGAUAUUGCUGCUUUUUCUGCUAUAAAACAGUGUAAUGUUUCAGGUGACUUAAGUGGUAAUUUAAGCAAGUGGUACGAAAGGUGUCAAUUAUUACUUACCUAGCGAAAUAAAUUUUUUGUUUAUUA